AUGAAGAGAAACCUAGUAACAGAGCAAUUAGCUGAUCUAAUGCAUCGAGAAUGGCAUUUAACGAACAGCGAUGCCAAUAAUAAUGAUCAUUUGAUUAAUUCAUCACAUCCACAAGCGCUUUCGCAUAGAACAUCAGAUCAUAAUAAUCAACAACAGUCUCUUCCAAUUAUCACAACAACCGAUUAUAGCGAUUCAGUAGCGUCAGCAGUACUACAUGUUUCUCAGGCAUUGUUCAAACCCCGUCGAAGUUCCGAAACAGGAUACGAUACUGAAGGUGGAAUAGACACAGUUGCUGACUCAUUAGAUCAGCAUCGGAGACAUCAUCGUUCGGCUACAAAUGUUUACGAAAGUUCACCAAGAAUACCUCCGAGACGACCAAUCUUACUCGAAUCGUCGAAACAACUUUCAAAUGGUUUAUCUCAACGGCGAGCUUCGCAUGAAAACCAUCUAACCGUUCAUCAAUCAGCCAGUUUUGUACAGAAUCAUGAUGAAAAAGAAGAAAAUGCGUCCCGCAAGGAUGCUACGCAUCGACGUCAUAUACGUUCAAGUCGCCGUGUUCCUCAGUUAUCAGUUACACAAGAUCAUGAAGCGCAUGAGGAGCAUUCAACAACUAUACCACGUCACCAUCAACUACUUAAUGGUGUAUCUAAAAGAAAACCAUUACGUCUUGUUUUCGUUCGCCAUAGCGAACGAGUAAACCAGGUAUUAGGGACAUACUGGUUUCUAAAAGCUUUCGAGUCUGGUAAUUAUGUCGCAUAUGAUCCAUUGUUACCAAAAGCAUUACCACAACGACAUUCUCAUCACGCCUACGAAUUCGACGUACCUCUUACUCUUCAUGGUUUAAAACUGGCUCGUCAUACAGGUAGUGCUAUGCUACAAGCUAACAUUGUACCUGAUGUAUGUCUGUCAUCAAGCGCUCUUCGUUGCAUACAGACAAGUGAACGUCUUUUGACAGGCUUGAAUGCGAGUGCGCGCAUCCCUAUUCGUGUUGAACCGGGCCUAUUUGAAUGUCCUCAUCAACAUCAAAAAGUUAUUGAUAGCUUUAUGACUAAAUCUGAGCUAAUCGAAAAUGGCUACAAUAUUAAACUUGAAUAUAGGUCUCUGAUACCUAAAAUUGAUACACCGGAAUCCUUAGGAGACUAUUUUGAUCGAUGUAGUACGGUUAUGCGUGGUAUUAUUAAUCGAUAUGGUCAUCGCGGUGGUACAGUGUUGAUUGUUACGCAUGCGCCAGGUUUAUUAGCGUUAACAAGUGCAAUUAAAGGAAAACGCCCUAAUCAAGAAACAUUCUAUCGUGCCGUUGGUAAAUAUCCACCAUUAGCUAUGUACAUAGCAGAAUACGAUGGCAAACAAUGGAAACAUUCGGAGGAGCCAUUUUCUAUUUCUCCUCUCUUAUCGUGA